CGAGAUCCGAUUCCGUCACAAACCAGGGGUUACGGCUACUACUACCCACAGGAAGCAGAAAUCUUCCUCACAAAAUCCUCUGUUAUCGCGUACUAGCAAACGGAUCCCGGCGGUCUGCACCCCGCCCGAAUCCCUCCGCGAUCGACAUCGGGAUUUCAGCAGGAGCACGGUACACUGAAGCACCUGGGCUGUUUUGGUAACUUAAGUUGGGGCGAGAGAACUACCCGGGUAAUCUCCCUGGUUGUCUGCUGUGACAAUGAAAACACAUGAGGUUGCUGCCAACUUGGCUCUUGCUGGUCUGAGCUUGGCACCGCUCGUGAUCAAUGUAAACCCGAAUUUGAAUGUGAUACUGACAGCAUGUCUUGCCGUCUAUGUGGGCUCUUACCGAUCUGUCAAGGCGACUCCUCCCUCUGAGACAAUGUCCAAAGAGCACGCUAUGCGUUUCCCUUUGGUCGGGAGUGCUAUGCUUUUGUCGCUGUUCCUUCUAUUCAAGUUUGUCUCCAAGGACUUGGUCAACACCGUUCUCACUGCCUACUUUUUCAUUCUUGGCAUCGCCGCUCUAUGUGCGACGUUGCUUCCUUCUGUAAAACGUUUUCUUCCACAAGGAUGGAAUGAUAAUGUCAUCGUUUGGCGUGCUCCAUAUUUCCACUCGCUCUCAGUGGAGUUUACCAAGUCUCAAGUUGUUGCUUCAAUCCCCGGAUUUUUCUUUUGCGUAUGGUAUGCCAUGAAGAAGCAUUGGCUAGCAAACAAUGUUUUGGGAAUUGCUUUCUGUAUCCAGGGAAUUGAGAUGCUAUCACUAGGAUCAUUCAAAACCGGUGGUAUUCUCUUGGCUGGACUUUUUGUGUAUGACAUUUUCUGGGUGUUCUUCACUCCAGUUAUGGUCAGUGUUGCCAAAUCAUUUGAUGCUCCAAUAAAGCUUCUAUUUCCAACUGCAGAUGCUGCACGCCCAUUCUCUAUGCUUGGCCUUGGUGACAUUGUAAUACCUGGUAUAUUUGUCGCACUUGCCCUGCGUUUUGAUGUCUCGAGAGGGAUUAAGAACCGUUACUUCAAUAGUGCAUUUUUGGGAUAUACUGCUGGUAUUACAGUAACAAUAGUUGUGAUGAACUUGUUUCAAGCUGCACAGCCUGCUCUGUUGUACAUUGUUCCAGGCGUGACUGGUUUUGUCGCUGUCCACUCUUUGUGGAAUGGAGAAGUAAAGCCGCUACUGGAGUUCACCGAGUCCCAAGCGGAAGAAGAGGAAGCCGUCAAGGAAGGCAAGAAGGUGGAGUAGCGCUCUCAGGUGAUCUUUUAGGACAAGUGAGGCCAGCAGCAGCUAAAUAGGCUGCAUGAACACCCGGCUCCCUUAAGAACUGAGAAAUGAUUCACAUGACAGAACCUUUUAUUUUGUUUCGAAACUUGUUGCUACUACAAUUUGGUUCACUGAGAGUUGUAGAGCGGAAAAGGAGAAGAGAUGCUAGAAAGCCAACAGUCAAGUGACAUUUUAACCUCACCUUUUGAUUUCAGACUUUGUUCAUUAUAUGGUGGCAACCAAGGAAGGGCUUGUCUGAAUUCUCAUCUGCCAAACUUCUUCAUUCCAUGAUAUAUACAUAUACCUUACCUGAAACCUUA